UUAUCUUUCCAAUUAGGAAGAAUUUGAUAUAGCAAUGGAACAAUGUAUCUGAUUGGUAUGAUGAUAAUAGGUGUUGGUGUUGUUGUUGUUGGUGUUGGUGUUGUUGUUGUUGUUGUUAUGAUCUUGAUCUUGAUUAUAUUAGGGAUGAUAUUGAGAGUUUUGAGGAUGAUAAUAAUGAUGAUGCUUUUGAGUAAAUUUGGAAAAAGUGGAAACAUAAUCAUAGAUGAAUUUAUUCUUGAGAAAAAGUUAAGAUGGAUUCCUUAUAAUAAAUUUAAAAGUGUUGAAUAUCUUGAUAAAGGAGGAUUUGGUACUAUAUACAAAGCUAUUUGGUCAAAUUAUGAUGGAGAUAGAGAAGUAAUUCUUAAGUGUCAUAGUAAUUUAAAUGAAAAUUUAGAUGAAUUUUUAAAUGAAUGGAAAUAUCAUGGAAGUUGUUUAGGAUCAUAUGAAAUUAUUAAUUUUUAUGGAUUUACAAAAAAUCCAAAUACUUCGAAAUAUAUGGCAGUAAUGGAUUAUGCAAACAAAGGUAAUUUAAGAAGAAACUUAACAAGAAUAAUUAAAAGUGAUUGGGGUCAAAAAUUAUGCAUGUUGUAUGACAUUAUUUCUGGACUUAAUGAUAUACAUGAAGAAAAUCUUAUUCAUCAUGAUUUUCAUGAUGGCAAUAUUUUAAAUCAUGAUGAACAUAAAAUUUAUAUAUGUGAUUUAGGAUUAUGUCAACCUGUAAAAUCAUUAUUGAAAGAACAUAAUAUUUAUGGUGUUGUACCAUUUAUGGCACCUGAAGUUUUAAGAGGCAAAACUUAUACUCCAGCUAGUGAUAUAUAUAGUUUUUCUAUGAUUAUGUGGGAAUUUACAUCUGGAAUACCACCAUUUAAUAAUAGAGCACAUGAUAUUCAACUUAGUUUAAGUAUUUGUGAAGGUGAACGUCCUAAAAUUAUUGAAAAUACUCCACAAUGUUAUAUAGAUUUAAUGAAAAAAUGUUGGGAUGAAGAUCCAUUAAAAAGGCCAUCUUCUAAGGAAGUUUCAAAGAUUAUUAAAGAAUGGAUUUUUCUUCCUUAUGGUAAAAAAAUUGAAGACAUUAAUGAAGAAUUAAAAUGCAAUAUUAUGGAAUUUAUAAAUGCACCAAUUGGGCAUAACAAUAAUCUUGCUACUGAAUCUCACCCACAGGCUUUCUAUACAAGUCGCUUACUUAAUUUUACUAGUAAACAAUUAAAUGAAAUUCUUGAAAGUGAAAAUUCACAAACUAGUGUACAAGUGAGUGAAAUGCUAGUAAGCAAAGAUUUGAAUGAAUGUAUGAUUGAUUCGAAGACAUUAGGUAUGUAAAAACAAAUGAAAAUUAACUAAUUAUUUGUGUUUUAAAAAAGACAGUUUUUUUUGUAAUAUUUGAUAU